GUUCCCCUGGAGCCAAGGCCAGGCUGCUGGUGUCACCGGAAGAUGCUUGCAGCACCCACCCCUCCCGGGCUGGCGAGCGAGCAUCGCCUGGCGGCUGCGCUCUCCAGAGCUCGGGUAGACGGCAGGGGCGGGAGUGGAAGCCGCAUCCCUCUCUUUCAUUUUCGUUUCCUGGAAGGAUAGCGAUUACCUAGUGCAUCGCACCACCUGCUCGCAGGGACCGGAGCACACACGCCCUGGCGCUUCUCGAAAGAGAUUUCCUCCCACUCAACCUGCCAGUUCUCAGGGUCAGGCUAGGGGUUUGCGGGAGGAGGUCUCACAGGGCGCAGGUCUAGGGCCCCGGCAGCUACAGCCAGGGGAGCACACAACAGAAAGCCGGGUGAUUCCCUCACCUCCAGGAGGGAGCAUUGACUGGUUCUCCUGUUAGCCUCAUGGCAGCCACGCCACUCCAAGGCACCCAGGUCCAAGCCAGACAUGAAGCUCAACUGAACCUGCUGGGUGAGGCGGGCAUCUGCAAGCUGCCAGGACGACUCCGCAUCCAGCCGGCGCUCUGGAGCAGGGCGGACGUACUGCACUGGCUGCGCUGGGCCGAGCGGGAGUACGCUCUGCAGCGCACCCGGGAGCACGCGUUUGCGAUGAACGGCCGCGCGCUCUGCAUCCUCACCAAGGACGACUUCCGGCGCCGUGCGCCAGGUUCAGGUGACGUGCUGUAUGAGCUGCUCCAGUACAUCAAGACCCAGAGGCACUCCCUGGUGUGUGGGCCCUUUUUUGGAGAGGCCUACUGGCAGAAGAUGUUCACUCAGCUCCAUUCCCGCCCCCUGGAAGAGCUUGGCUGCAGGACCGAAGGGAUCUGCUCAUUUCGCACGUUGCCACAGGCCCCCAUCGAUGGCAGGAUUACCAACUGCCAGCUACUGUGGGAUUACGUGUAUCAGCUGCUCCUUGACACCAGGUAUGAGCCCUACAUCAGGUGGGAAGACAAGGACGCCAAGAUCUUUCGAGUUGUGGAUCCAAAUGGGCUCGCCAGACUCUGGGGAAACCACAAGAACCAGGUAAACAUGACCUAUGAGAAGAUGUCCCGUGCUCUGCGCCACUAUUAUAAGCUGAACAUCAUUAAGAAGGAGCCAGGGCAGAAACUCCUGUUCAGAUUUCUAAAGACUCCAGGAAGGAUGUCUCAGGACAAGAACAGCUGUCUGGAACAGCUGGAGAGCCAGGAGUUCAAGGAUGAGAUUCCAGAAGCCUCUCUAUAAAGGGGAGGACUCCCAGCACCUGGUACCAGAGGGACAGAGACUGUCUCCCCCAUGAAGACAGUCUCCUUCCUCCUCCCAGGGCAGCAGGAAUCCCCAGCCAGGUUUUGUACCCAUGGGAUCACAGCUGUGGCCUUGGGCCCGGGAUCUGGGAGGUCUCACACCUAGGACAUUGGCAGUGGGAGUCAUCCUUUGGGUAAUUCACCCCACCCCUUAUUACCCGGCCAGCUCCAAGAGGAAGCCAGGUGUGGAUAGGGCAUCCAGCCCAACCUCUUUGGUUUACAGAAGAAGGGAAUGGAGGUCCCUCACUGGAUCUUUGACUCUGUCAUCCAUAAAAGGGGCAUGCUCAUAAAAACCCAUCCUCAGGGGCUGCUGCGUGAAAUGGGAGACAGAAUUAGUGCUUUAGCAGCCUUUAUCGUAAUAAUAACCAUAAUGGUAGCUGACGUUUCUUAAGUGCUUACUAUGAGCCAGGUCUGUGCUAAAGGCCUUACACACAUUUUAUCUCCUUUAAUUCCCAUGCCAACCCCCUCAGGCUUAAAGAUGAGGAAAUAAAGGUAGAGGCUUGCAGAGCUGGCAUGCCUCUCUGGAACGCAGCGCUGUGGCCAUUUGCUUUUAGCGCCUCUGAAUGUAUCUGGGUGCUUCUCAGACAGAGGCCUUGGUAUUCCCUCUCUGCUCUCGGCCUCUUCACUCUCUAUGCUCCUGUGCCUCCAUCUGCCUUGUGAUCCUGGGGAAGAUGCUCUGCCUCUCUGCAGCCUCAGGUUUCUUCUCUGUAAGGUGGGGAUGCUUCCCCUGACCUGACCUCACAGGGUUACCAGGAAACUCCAAUAAGGCAGGAUUAGUGAAGUGCUUAAUAUAUGCUUGGUCUGUAGGGAGCACUUCAUCUGUGUUAGCUGCAAACCAAAAGCUGCUCUAAAGCAUGAAAACACCUUUGUUCUGUGGGUUCAGCUUCUUCCCUUUGCUCUCCAACCCCAGUACUAAGGGGAUCCUGUGCCCUUACAGACCCCCAAGUAAGGAUGGGGGAGAAAGAGUAGGGAGUAUUUUCAUUGAAAUAAAAACAGAACUUCUUGGAUUCACAUCUUUCUCAGAAGGAGGAAGCCACUUCUGCCUUUUGCUCUCAGCAGGUCAGGAAAUCCCCUGGUCUCUGACCGAGGCUGCCCUGGCCUUGAGCCCCUGUACAAGAGAAGUUGAUAAGGACUCUUAGACUUCGGGACUCAAAGCAGUGACAGCUCAUGAACAGGGAAACUCCUGGCUGAGUCCGGUCUGUACAGAAAGCUUCAGUGGGAAAAGGCUUGACCCCUUCACUUUUCCUCUGAAACUGUUCCAUCCCCUUGACUUCGCUCCAGGAGGAAUGCAUGUGUCAGAGCUUUUC